AUGGAAGUUGACGCCGCAGCGAGGGGUGAUAAUCAUGCUCAUGCACAGUUGGGUUAUCGCGCACUUGUCGGCGAUCAGGGCGUGGAACGCAACGAGCGAGCCGCGUACGAGCACUUCUUGGAGGCUGCAAAUCGACGAGGUGGUGGUUUGCCAGAGACGCACUACAACUUGGGAUUCAUGCACAUGAACGGUAUGGGAACGGAAAAAAAUUACACCGCUGCGAGAGAACAGUUUCUCAAGGCGAUUGCGCUGGGUAGAGUUGCCUCUGCGUACAAUGGUCUUGGCGUUCUCGCCUACAAUGGGUACAUGGGCGAACAAAAUUACACAGAGGCUUUGUAUUACUUUGAAGAAGCGGCGAAGCUAGAAGAUCCCGACGGACACUUCAAUUUAGCUCAGAUGUACUCCAUGGGUCACGGUGUUGAGAUGAAUGCGACGUAUGGACUUGAAAUCAUGGAGCGCGCAUCUGAGCUUGGGCACUGGCGAGCGCCAUACGAGCUCGGGAUGGCAUAUGACUUGGCGCUAGCGGUCGAUAGAAACGUCACCAAGGCGACGAGUUACUUUCACGUCUUUAUCGAAGAGCGCUUCGAUUGGGCCAAAGAACGAAACGAUGCUAUUGAGGCGAUGAUCAUCCAUAAAAAUCCGUGGGGUGCUCUCGUGAGGUAUGCUCUCAUAUCGGCUCUUGGAAGCGAAUCAGCCUCAAAUAACGUCGUCUGGUUACUGCACAAGACGGAUGCCUACAUGGGCGACGACAGAUACGAGCUAGCGGCACGGUUGCUUCGUGAGAUAAUUUAUUGCCAUAACUCUCCAGAGGCACAAGUCGAUCUGGCUUACUUGUUAUCGUCUCGAAGAGCCAAGCCGGAUCACUCCGAUAUGAUUGAUCGAUACGACCAUAUCCAUCCGAACGCGUCAGAAUACGACAUUGCUGCAAUCGGCCACUAUUCCGCCGCCGCGUUCGACGAGGAGCAUCCGUAUCCCGAGGCAUUGGUGAACCUUGGAUGGAAGCACCUCCUGGGGCUUGGCGUGUCUGUGAAUGCCACACGAAGUUUUGAGCUGUUUGCGAAGGGCGUAGUUGCGUCGCACGACCAUCACGAGGCGGCACCCUGCGUUGCUGCGACCAUCAUCUCGAAAGCAUGGCUCAUUGCCGCCGCUACAUCGAAGAGGAUGAAUUUUGGAACACUUGGCUUACCCGCCGCGCACUUCCGUCCGGGCUCUUCAUACGUCAAUCAAUCCAGCGGAUCGUCGGCCGCUUUGCGCGUUAUUCGACUCAUUGAGCUCUCCGAGCGUUAUAUUCUCAUCGGCCUCACCCUAGCUCUAGCCAGCGUUCUCGCCUACCGAGUGACGCUCACCUACCGAGUGCCGUUGUAA